ACGUGGUUUGAGAAACAUUCCCCAGACUAGAGUCCGCCGCGCUUGGCGCCAGAGUCAACUUUCCAGGUCUGGAAGAGCGAUGGGCGCCUCGUCAGAGAUGCCGGUGCGAUUUGGGCGGCGCUAUGGACAGGCGAAGGGGAGCACAGAAAUAAGAAACUCUGAAGAAGAUCAAAUUCUGUAUCCGCCUCUUCUACCUAGCAAAGUGGAUCUCCAGCAGGUCACCAUAAUUCCACACAAUGAAUGGAAAAGGAUUCAAAAUAGCCUUGACAGUUUGACAAGAGAAGCAGCACGCCUUCGUGCAGAAAGAAAGGCAAAGAAAGAAAUGCACUUCCGAUCUCAAGAAGUGGUGAAACAUUGGACUAAUACAUAUGCAGUAAGUAUUAACCAUCCAGGAGUACACAUGCACUAA